AUGGAGAAGGUCAAGUGGAACUUCAAGGAAAAGGAACUCCAAAGAGUUUGGGCUACAAUCGCUGAUGGAGUGUACUCUUCCUCAAGGUCCAAGGCAGCUCAGAUCAGGAGCCCAGUCUUGAGGUAUGUGCACAAGGCACUUGCCAACACCUUCUUUGCAAGGAAGGCACCGGGACAUCAACGAGGGGGAACUCAAGCAUCAACGAGGAAGGCCCUAAGUGUUGGAGGGCUCAUCACACCUAUCUUGUGUGCUGCUGGAGUGAACCCAACUGAUAGGAGAGCCACUGAACCAGGUUGGAUGGACAUCAAGUUUUGCAAGACCAACCUUCUCAUUGAGCACAAGGAGUUGGAUGGGAGUUCCAAUUCAAGUUCACUCAUCCAUUGGUUGGACCCUCCAAGUUUCUCCUGCCCAACCCAGAGCUCACCACAGUUCAGGGGUGAGAACAUUGAUUUCAGACCCCCUGUGUACACAUUAGUUGGGCAUGAAGCGGAUUUGCAAGAAGAGGCGAUCGAGCUGAGGCUCAAGCUGAGGAUCAGGUCCAGGAGAGUAUGA